AUGCGUUACGCUGCUGCUGCCGUCUUUUUCGCCGGUGCCGCUCUGGCCGGCACCGAGGCUCCUGAGAGCACCAUCUACAGCACGGACUUCGUCACGAUCACGUCCUGCGCUCCGGAAGUUACCAACUGCCCGGCCCGGACUCACAGCACCGUCUACCCGGUCACGUCCUCGACGGUCUACUCGACCAACGUGUACGCCACGACCAGCGCCGGCACCGUUGGCUACUCCACCGAGAGCAUCCCGACCAUCUCGACCUCUGUGACGACUGUCGUCCCGACUGUCAUCUACGAGACCGUCUCGGUCGCCUGCCCCACUGGUGCUAACACCCCCGUCGGCACCCUCGGCACCGUCGGUGUUGCUACGCCCACUGGCAAGAGCCCCGUCCCGUCGUCCAGCAUCGUCACUGCUGGUGCCGGCAACGUUGCUUUCUCCGGUGUCCUGGCCGCCGCUGCCGGCCUUGUCGCUGUCUUCCUCGCAUAA